AUGGCUAUGCAAGGGAAUAUAUUUGUAUACCCUGGACCCUCCUUGGACCUACCAGUCCAUCGCUUAGUUCUGAUUGCAGAGCCUAUCCUAAAGAUGGAGAAGAGGUCCCGAAGCCCUUCCAGGGAGUCGCAUAAGCGAAAGAGAAAUUCUCCACCUAAGAGUAAAAGGGGAAACUCAGAGAAAGUUGAUAGAGUGAGUAGCAGCCAAAAUGCUGGACAGGAAAAGCAAGAUUCUAAAAGGAGGAAAGGAAAGGAGGACAAGGAUGGUGGAACUACCCUAGAAGCAGAUAACAGAAUCCAGACUUCCACCAUAGUGGAUGUAGAUGAUGUCAUGGGCUCAUUGGAAGAUGAAACUGAGGUGAUGGCACUGUUGGAAAGCGAGCAACAGGAAGAAGGUAUAAAAUCAUCUCAUCUAGGAAUCUGUGAGUGGCUUCUCAUCAUCUUAUCCCUGCUGCUCAUCAUUGCAACUUUUCCUCUCUCUAUUUGGUUCUGCAUAAAGGUAGUGCGGGAAUAUGAGAGAGUCAUUAUCUUCCGUCUGGGACAUCUUCUUCCAGGAAGAGCCAGAGGCCCUGGCCUUUUCUUCUUUCUGCCCUGCCUGGAUACCUACCACAAGGUGGAUCUUCGCCUCCAAACCCUGGAGAUUCCUUUCCAUGAGGUGGUGACGAAAGACAUGCUCAUAAUGGAGAUCGAUGCCAUCUGCUACUACAGGAUGGAAAAUGCUUCUCUGCUCCUAAGCAACAUUGCCCAAGUGUCCAGAGCUGUCCAGUUGCUGGUACAAAUCACUAUGAAGCGCCUCCUGGCCCAUCGUUCCUUCACUGAGAUACUCCUGGAGAGGAAAAGCAUUGCCCAGGACAUCAAGGUGGCUUUGGAUGCAAUCACAUGUCGCUGGGGAAUCAAAGUGGAGAGAACAGAAAUUAAAGACGUUCGACUGCCCGCAGGCCUCCAGCAGUCACUGGCUGUGGAAGCUGAGGCUCAAAGACAGGCCAAAGUGAGGAUGAUCGCUGCCGAAGGGGAGAAGGCUGCCUCGGAAUCCCUGAGGAAGGCAGCUGAGAUACUGUCGGGCAGCCCAGCCGCCGUCCAGCUCCGAUAUCUUCACACCCUUCAAUCCUUGUCCACAGAGAAGCCAUCCACCGUCAUCUUACCUUUGCCUUUCGAUCUCAUGAGUCUCUUGCCUCCUGCUGGCAACAGAAUGCAAGGAAGCCUCCCCUUACCAAAUCCUCCCAGGCAGGCAGAAACACGGGAUCCCUCAAAAAAAGAUUCUCCCAUGUUAUAG